UCCCCUGCCGGCCUGGGCUUGUCUAGGCGCUGGGGGAGGUUCGUGCUCCAUGGUAGGGUGUCGCGCAUGCGCGGCCCGGCGGGGUUAGACCUGUGGCGGCCUGCACCCAGGUAAACACUCUCCCUACCAUCUCAGCAGUGUUAUCUAAUGUACAGAAUUCCUUACUGGAGGUGCCAAGGCUUGACGGAAUCUUGGAGCAGAAUUCUAACAACCAGUUCUCAGGACUUUAAGAAGGAACUUGCCUUUUGAGGUAGACUUUUCCAGAAUGUCUGCUGCAAUGUCAUUCGAAGUAGCUUGCACUGGAUACUGCCAUUAAUGUACUGCUGGCUUGAGUGUGAUGCACACUCCUGAGUUCUUGUAUUUGUAAUUUAAAUACAGAGCUCUAACAUGAAACACACGAGGGUUGCUUUAUAAGGAAAUAAUUUCUACAAAUAAUAUUAGAAAUAAUUUCUGUACUUCAUUCUGUAAUUUUUCUCUUAGCCAAACUCUCAGCUACUGUUUUUAAGAGGAGCAGAUACUUUGUUCUGUUUUACUAGAGUCUGCCUACCCUCAGGAAGCAACUGAAGGUUGUGACCAGUGUGUAGUAUGGGAGGCCAUAGUGUAAUUAUACAUUUUUUUCUGAUUUUUCAUAGCUUUUAGUGUCAGCCUCCCAGUGUUCUCAUUCUGGGUGUGGGAAGAAGAGGGUAUUUCUAAGGCCAGGUCUCCCCUAGGAGUGCAUUGGACGUAUAGUAUGUGUUGUGUUUUUAGCAGUAUGGAGUUCUUUAGCCCCAGCAUAUCCUCUGAUCACUUUCUUUUCUCUGAUGACUGACUUAACUUUUGAGAGUGAAACAGACUGUAUUAACAAACCUACAGCUUUGCAGGUUCAGCUGUAUUUGUUGUAUGGGCUUCACCCAGCACAGCUGACUUGUUUUGGGAUUCAGGCCCUGGGGUAGCUAGGUUUUUGUAACAUAAAUAUGGCCUAAGUAACUUAAUUCGGGGGGGGGGGAGUUAUUUAAGAACAAAAGCUUUUAGCUUUUUGGUUUGGGGUUGUUUUUUUUUUUUGGGUGGAGAAACUUGUCUAAUACAUUAGUUUUCUAUCUGUGUUUCAUUCUUGGAAUAAUCUUGAGAUAUUUCUGUGCUGAAACUCUUCAGUUAGCUCAUUGGCAGUGUAAAAAGCAAUAGGCAACCAUCCCACUUGACUUGGAGGGAUGUUGAUUUAAUUACAGAUAACAACCAUACACUUCAUAUCUGCUAUUUUAUCUUGGUUACCCAUGUUGCUGAGCUUCAUAGAAUUGGACAUUACAUUUUUAGCAGAUCAGGAAAUCAUGUUCAUAUUUCCCAAGUAUUGUGUGUACAGUAAGGAAUUAUUACCUUGUAUGACCGACUUUGUAACAUAGUUAGAAAUUACUUAUGCGUUGUGUUCUCCAGAUGAAUCUAUUGUGUACUUGUUAAUUUUAAGUAUUAAAUGAUUCUGUUUCAGGUAAUUCAGUAAGAUUGGCUGACCUGUGCUCUGACUUACUCAGCCACUGAAGAAAGGAGCUGAAUGAGGCAGGUGCAUUCUGCCCCUUCAGCUGCAUCCAUGUCUUCAGUGCUUUGAAGAUACCUUUGAUUUGCUGAUGGCAUUCACAGCAGUAGUGAAACCAAUGACAUUUUAAAAUAAGUAAAAUAUCUGUACUAUAUUUCUGCUUCCGUUAAUUUCUUCUUCCUAUGCAUUUGAAUUUUUUGCAUCUUUUAACCUAUCUUAAAGGACUCAACAGCCAUGCCUAAUAUGACAUUGUUCUGUUGUAGUUGGUACAGGGGACUGAAAGAUUGGAUUGUGGAAACUUUCCUGAAACUGAAAAAAAAGCACCUAACUUUAGUCCAGAAGAUUCUACAAAGUGAAGUCUCAGUUGAUGCAAAGAAUUUUUGCAUAUCUUUUCUGCUCUGUAGUGUGUUACUAAACAUGCAUAGUUUGGAGAGUUUUGCAGGGACUAAAACUGUUAUUUUAUUGGCAAGCCUUUGCUAAUCAAAAUGUGUGAUAAACAGCAAAUGUGAAGCUGGGAGUUUAACAGAAUUCUACAGGUUUCUUAACAGUUUCUCAAUGGAAAAGGUGUUAAAAACUGCCUGCAGCACUAUGGAAGCAUGGAGACAAAAUAGUCAUCUAUUGAGACCCUCAAGGAAUUAUUGGGCAAAGUGACAGAAAUGAAGAGCUUGAACCAUCACUUCACCAUGGCGGCAGCUGAAUCUGACAAGGACUCCGGUUAUUCAGAUGGAAGCUCAGAGUGCCUGAGUGCUAUGGAGCAGACUGACUCAGAGGACGUGCUGAAUGCGUUGGGUUGGAACGCAGAGGAUGGGCCAUGGCGAUGCCCAAUGACCACAAGCAGCUCCUUUCCUGCGCUUUCUCCUAUGGUCGUAAUGAAAAAUGUGUUAGUUAAGCAGGGGAGUUCAUCACAGCUUCAAUCUUGGACUGUACAGCCAUCCUUUGAAGUGAUUCCAGCUCAGCCACAGCUAGUGUUUCUUCGUCCAUCAAUCCCACCUCCCAUUAACCCUCACCCUGUUGGGAAAAAGAGAAAUGACUCCACCAAUUACCUGCCCAUCCUGAAUUCUUAUCCCAAAAUAGCACCACAGCCUUGCAAAAGAGAUCACUCUUUUGAUUUAGAAGAACAUCAGGGAGCCAAUUGCCAUAAACGACUCUGCACAGAAGCACCCAAGAUGGAGACUUCUCCUGUAUCAAGGAGCACAGGCUUGCCUACUAGUCCUUUUGCCCACCUACCAGUUAGCUUUAAGACCCCUCAGGAUUCUAACCAGCAAAAUUCUUCAACGCUGGUGACAAGUGGAAAACUGUCAGCUCUUCCUGGUUUUCAUCAUGUUUCCAGUGACACUCAGAAAGUGCCAGGUUUGACUCCCCUUUUGCCUUUUGGAACUCUGCAGGCACCAAAGUGCACCCCUCAUGAGAGCGAGAGUGCAGCACAGACUACGGUGCAGUCUGCAGUGUGGAGCCCCCCACUGGUGCCAGAAGAGAUUUGCACAACCCCUGAGUUGCUCUUGCAACAACAAAGCAAGUGCAGACGCUUUCAGAAUACGCUUGUUGUGCUACGCAGGUCAGGGUUGCUGGAGAUCACUUUAAAAACCAAGGAGCUCAUUCAUCAGAACCAGGUGACUCAGGCUGAGCUGGACCGGCUGAAGCACCAAACACAGCUUUUCAUAGAGGCAAUAAAGAACAAUGCUCCACAGUCAUGGGCAGAGCUAGAAGCAUCUCUAACAGGAUCUGAUAAAGCUGAUAACAACCUUGAAGAUCCCACGUAUCCCAACAUUUAGUAAAAAGGUACAUAGUUGUUGGUCAAGUUAUUUCUGUACCUCCUAUUUCCUGUCUUGAGUAUUUUCUGAGUCCAGGACUUGCGAAGUGGCAUGCCAUUAACAGCUUGUCUUCAGAGCCAGUUGUGGGACUGGAAUAGCGUGUUGGGGUCUUGAAUGGGUACUUAUUACUUCAGUGUGACCCUGAACUCCAUGCUAACUCUGGGUACUCCCUUGAACUCGAGAAGCUUGGAUGUGGUGUGCUGGCAUGUUCCCAUUCUUGCAUUGGAAAGACAGUUGUUUGCAGUGUUCUGCAAGCAAGCAUCCAUCUUCCUGUUCACAUCUUCAGGUAGUCGGUUCUGAGAAGGGAACAGCAGAACAAGCCCCAGUAUUGGGCCAUCAUCAGUUGCAAGUAGAUGAAGGGAGCUGGUGUGAGGAGAGGAAACUUACGUUGGUGGGGCGGUAUCCUUAGGCUGUUGUCCUUUGUUGUAGCAGAAAGUCUUGCUGUGUGGUUUUAACACAUUUGAAUUACUGGAGAUCUGCUUGUGCUGAAGCAGCAGCCUAUAUUCGCUGCAGUCUUUGGUCAAAGUGUUGAGUGUCUUAUGACCGAAGCGAAAUGAUGUGUUUUGAUGAGUAUGCAUUUGAUUUUGAUCUGUAGAGUUGAAUGAGCAAAAAUCGUAAGGCUUGCACUGGAAGUGUUUGUUCCAAAGCCAUAUUUAUUAAUGGCUAAUAAGUGUACAGGGCAAGUGGCUUCGGAUUUUCUCAGUAGCUAACAAAUUGAAUGUUGUUAUUAAAGACUUUUUAAAAUCUUUUAAUUUUAAAGACACAUAAAGUGACUUUUUCAAAAACAAUACAAGGAAGAUACUCACCAGGCUUAAUUUGACAAGACUAGUUGCGUAUUAUUUGGUAUGUGUGUCUUUAGUUUACAAGCCUAAACUCCUGUUUUUUCUGUGAAAUCAGAUUGCUAAGUAUAUAAAAAAAAAAGGGGGGGUGAAAGGAAAAGGAGCAUAAUGGCCUGUGGAGAAACAGGUCCUUCUCCCAAGACCCUUCCCUCUCCUUUUUAUUUGAAGAAAUCAGAUGAAUCUACCUGGAGAAGGGGACAGGAGGGAAAGAGAGAGAGAUAUGUCAGCUUGGAUAAUUUCCCUGAAGGAUUUUAUUUGCCUGAGUUUGAACUUAAAAAACCCAACCACCAAAAGCCAAACCACAAAACACUUUUCUUCCACAUAAUUUUACAUCAUUCCUAGCCUGCUUGCCUUGAGAUACAGGUAAUACCACUGUGUGCAUAAGAUACUAAGCCUUACUAGUAGAGAUCUACAGUAGUCAUGUUACAAAAGCUGUUCUACAGACAUUAUCUAGACAUUCAGUUAUGUCAUUUCCUCCAGUCUGAAGGGAUUUUUUCCGAGGCAGUCUGUGGAGAGAACCAAGAAUGGCUUUGUCUAAGAAAGUUAAGGAAUCUGGGUUGUUUAUGGUAUGUUCCUUUCUGUGUGACAGUGUUUUCAAAAAAAUUGUGCAGUCUAGGUGGCUGGGUAUUUUGAUGCUUUGAUCACUUCUAUCAUCUGUUUCAGAUUCUUAAAUAAACAAAAGUAGAGUAGAUGUCUAGCUAAUUUGUGACUAGACCUUUUCAUUUUCUGAUGCGUCUGGGAGUCAAUAUUGCAGAAAACUGUAGAGAAUGCAUUUGUAGUCUUCCUCAAAUACGUGCAUUAGAGAAAUUGAAAGGGCCUUCUCUCUUCUAAGGGAUUUCCCCCUUUUUACACUGAUGAAAAAUGCCGUACAUGCCUCACGAAGAGGAGAUGUGAAUCAUAUUUGUAGUAGCCAUAGGCCUAGAGAGAGAUUUCAUGGCAGGAUUUGUCCUAGUGGAGCUGUAGCAGACUAGCAGCCAUGCCUUUCAUGGUUAUCCUGCCCACCUCCAGAGACCAGUGCAGUCCGUGGAACUGAUUAAAAGGAAAGCAUUCAUAGCCUGUGUUCUGUCAUGUAUUUUUUUAAAUAUACCUGCUAUAAUUGCGUACUAGGAUGUCUCAUCAUUCACAGCACAGCAAUAUUGAAACUUAAGCCAGCAAAUGCAGAAGACAAGAACACAGCAUAGUACAGUGUAACAAUGUAGGACAUGUCCGAUCUAGCUCUACUGGAAUCAGUUGUUAUAUCUCUACCAAAUGACAUUUGACAGGACAGAUGUGAUAGUACCUUAGGCCGGCCGUUUGUGAAAGUAUUCCAGAAGAUAAGCUUGUUUCUUCUGAGCUUCUUACAGGAAGGAAAGGAGGCAGUAGGAGGCAGUUCCAUUGAUUGACGCCUGUAAUAGGUGUCACCUAGAGGUGAGCUGUGAGAAAAUGCAUGGGAUAUCUUUUCUACUUUUCCUAAAAUUAUUAUUUUACCCAUCAAAUAGGGGAAUUUGAGGUUCAGAAUGUAUAUAUUUUUAGGAAGUGAUUGCCCUAGAAAACAAGGUGAUGGAUGGACUCAGGCUACCUGGAGAUGAAAGGAAGUCAGCAGGGGUUCAACUUCUUUCUUUUUUCUGUUUGAGACAAGAAAAAGUAAGCCUACCAGUAUUCUCUUCUCCAUCCUAUUUCCACUGGUCUGAUAGAGUAAAAGGAAGGAAAAAUUGGCUUUGCAGGGUAAUACCCUCUGACUUAGGGAGACUUUGGCUGGUAGAAAUCUUUUAUAGCCCUCACAGUACUACAUGUAUUUUUUUCCCCAACAGCACUGAGGGUGACCUGAAGUGGGUGUGCUUAUAGCUGAUGGGCCUUUCAGCUGGUGUAAUUUGUAUAAACAUAUAUUAAAUAAAUCUGUGAAUAAAGUCCAGCAGCUGGUUAGAAAUCUCGUACUGGGCAUCAGUCCAGACUAUAAUAGUAUUUGCUGAACUAGAAAAAUCCACUCUGGAACUAUUAUAUGUAAAUCUGGGGCCCCUUAGGAACCAUAUCCCUAGAUAACUGCAAAUCUUGAUGCAACAUCUAUAAAAAGAGGAUGUUGAAGACCCCAGUGAUAGAUAUGUCAUCAACUGCCGUUCUGUUCAGUUUCUCUUAGCAGCCUUUAUUCCUGGAAGCCCUGGUAAACCUUUAAACAAUAAGGGCUUUCCUUUUUUUGGUUGCAAUUUAAUAAAAUAGGUUAGCUUGGAACUGUGUCGAGAAAGUUACUUGACUACAUCAGGACCAGAAUAGAUCCUGAUUCUGGGCAGGAUCUGGAAGUGGUCCAGUAGAUAUGAGCAGAAACAUUAGCUUCUCUGAUUGGAAACCUGUAAGCAACUUACAGGGUUUUUUUGACCUUUGAAGCAGCAAGACUUUGUAUUAACAAGUUAGCUGAAGACAGCUGUCCCAGUCUAAAAAGUCAAAUCGGAUGGCCUGUUAGGGUUUCAGUUGCUGCUGACAACUAGCAGGCGGGGUCGCUUGAUGGGUCAGACUGCUGUUUUUCUAUUAAGUUUUAAUAAUUGUUGGUAUUUUUGAUUACUUUUACUACGUAUUUUUCAAAUGCUACUGCUUUAGUUGGAAUGUAAACAUUUUCUGUACUUUCUAAGUCUGUUGCCAGCUCUGAAUACAGUAGCCCAAGAACUCUGUUAUAGAACAUGACAUUUUUGCUAAAACUUUACAGAAACAGACUGUGAAAUAUGAAUGAAAUAAAGUAUAUACUUGAAAAGGU